ACCACUGUGGAGGCAUUGAUUUGUGCUGAGAAUUGGAUAAGGUAUCCAGAUUCUGAUGUGAUCGAUGAUAAAGAAGAUGAUCAAGAGCAGUUUGACUAUGAAAAUGUUAAUAAUACCUGCCACACUCUAAUGGAAAGUCAAAGUACAAGUGAACGUAGCUAAAGGAGGUGGGAAGUCAGAGUUUCUUAAUUGAUGUUGAUGAUGGAGGAUAAGAAGAAACUAAUCUUGAUGAGGAGAAUGAAGACCUUGAGAAUGAUGAUGAUUAUGGUUAUAAUCUUUUGAAUGCUUUCAAUGAGCAAAGUUAUGCAAAUGUUGGUGGAGAUGGAGGAAUUAGUUCAUGAUGUUGUCAUGUUGAUGUUGGUAUCU